GGUCCCUGCUGCGCCUCAUCUGGAAUAACGUCGGGAAAAUCCAGACAUUUCAUUAGCGGAAGCCACAGCAGAUUUAUUCCGAUAGAGAAUCACCAAAUAUAGGCUGUACUAAGGAACCAUGGGAAAGCAGAACAGCAAGCUGACUCCUGAGGUGAUGGAGGAUCUGGUGAAGAACACAGAGUUUAAUGAACACGAGCUGAAGCAGUGGUACAAAGGCUUCCUGAAAGACUGCCCCACUGGCAGGCUGAAUCUGGAUGAGUUCCAGCAGCUUUAUGUCAAGUUCUUCCCUUACGGCGAUGCAUCAAAGUUUGCACAACACGCCUUCAGAACCUUUGACAAAAACGGAGAUGGCACCAUUGAUUUCCGAGAGUUCAUCUGCGCCCUGUCCAUCACAUCCCGUGGCAGCUUUGAGCAGAAACUCAAUUGGGCCUUCAACAUGUAUGACCUGGAUGGUGACGGCAAAAUCACCAGAGUGGAGAUGCUGGAGAUAAUCGAGGCUAUCUACAAAAUGGUGGGCACUGUGAUCAUGAUGAAGAUGAACGAGGAUGGUUUGACACCACAGCAGAGGGUGGACAAGAUAUUCAGCAAAAUGGAUAAGAACAACGACGACCAGAUCUCGUUGGAGGAGUUCAAAGAGGCGGCGAAAGGCGACCCGUCCAUCGUGCUCCUGUUGCAGUGUGACAUGCAGAAGUGAGCUCUCCCUGCUCGCUCCUCUCCUCACUGUAAUCCACACACUCUGGACAGCAGCACAUGUUUUAAUGUCUCAUUAGGUUAUUUGCCAUUUCCACAGGAAAAAAAAACAAUGCUUGGACUAUUUUUCAAUGGACUCGCUUCUUGUGGUUGUAUGCAUGAGAAUGUCAAAUGCUGAAUAAUUUUGAAUAUAGCUAUAAGAUAUCAUACAUUUCUAUUUCUAAACAUGCCAAUGUGAUUUGUGCACAGUAACCCUAUACAUUCUCAUUGAACCUUAGCUUGUAUAUCAGUGAAGCACUGCAUACAACUAUGUUCCUGCAGUAUUUAGGAUCCCCCAGUGUUCACUGCUGCAACUACUGUACGCUUUACAUAAUAGUAACAAAACAAUAAUUCCUAUGAUAAUUGUAACUGUCUCUACUAUCCAGACUUGUUCAGCUCUUGGAGAAUAGGGAAGCUCCUGUCUGUUCCAGAUGUUUUCACAUGAUGGAACCAAGAAGAGUAGGUUCUUUGCAUGCAUAUAUUAUGUGUCAAAAAAAUAAUCUCUUACCUUUUGCAUCUUUAGGUGGUUAUAAAAGAGAAACCCUCCAGAAUUCAUUUAGUAUUGUUGCAUGGGAUGUACAGUAUGUGACCCAUCAGGCUCUCAUUAGUUCACCUCCAGUCAUGUGGGAGCAUGCUUCCCUCCUUUUGAUACACAUGUAUGUGUGGCACUUGAGUUUUUGAAAGAUAUUUGGGUUGCAUUUGUCGGGUAAUCUCAGAGGAAGAGCUUUCACACAUAAGCAUUGUAUUGUAUUUUGCUUUAGUGACUUCUGGGAUGAGCAGAAAGAUAUUUAUGGAGCAGCAUUCUUUUAUGAAUUUAUUGUGCUGCUGCCAAUUAAUCUAGAGGAAAGGCCAAAAUUACAGCUGUGAGUACUCAUGCAUUAUUCCCCACAAUGAUCCAAAAUUGGCUUCUUUUUCAGGUUGCUUAUUUGAUUCAGACUUAAUUAACUUAACUCGGUACAUAUCAACAUGUUUACAGAAAGGAAAUUGAGUACAGUGUUCUGACUUUAUUGCUGGGAGCUCACUCUCUGGGCUGGGGACCUUGUUAAGACGGGAGCCACUUCCGAUGCAGAAAAAAAGGGAGAAAAGGCCUCCUAUAUGUUUACUGGACACACUGCAUUCCUACUUUUUUGUAAGGAGAAACUUUUUAUUGAAGGUCUCAUCUUCUAAACUAUUCCGUUUGCAACAAUCAUUAAAGAUGCAGGACCCUCAUGAGAGGCGCUUGACAAAGCUUUUGAAAGAGAGUUUCAGUGCGAGACAGCAACUGGAUGAAGAUGUAGGUUAAAGUUACUGCGGAAAUUCACUUUCAACAGUUUUGCUUCCCCAUUUCUAACCUAUGCAAGCAUGGACUAAGUGUCCGCUUGUAAUCCAUUUACAGUGGUGGAGGUUGCAGAAGCUUUUCACUGUUCUGUCUAUAACAUAUACUGAAACCAACCCUCACAUUAUUGUCUAUCUUAUUUAAACAUUUCAGUCCAGUCACUAUGUCAAAUUCUUUGUCUAGUAAAUGUUUAUAUCAAAUAUGAAAAAUCAUCAAUAGUGACUGUAUUCUUUUAUACUUGUGGCAUGUGUUGCACCCAAAAAUAAUUCUGUAGUGAUUAAAAUGA